AUGGAUCCAGACGCAAGUAUCCCCGGCGACCCAGCCCCCUCCGUCUUCAACUACAUCCUCUCCUUCCUCCUCGUCGGCGUCGCAUGGGGCUUCACAACCCCCUUCAUCCGCCGCGCGGCCGCCGAUUUCAACGCGCGCCAGGAGAAGCAAUCCGGCACCACUGCUCCUUCCGACCGCGGGCGGUCGCAAACACCAUCUAACGAAUCCGUGCUGAACAGCGGUGAGGAGGAGCAGGAAUUACUCCCCCAGUAUGAGCAGGAUGCAGAUGGUGAUGAUGGUGUGAGGAGGAGGAGUGGGAGUCGCCAGCGUCAGCAGGCUGCGAAUACAGCUGGUGAAGAGCAGGAGGGGGAUUUGGAUAAUACACCUGCGCCGGCGUGGAUGCAAUCUUCAUCUCAGCGGGGGCAGCAGCAGUCUUGGUUACGAGGGAAGAUUGUCUCGAUUUUUUGGACUGUUGUCAAUCUUCUUCGGACGCCAGCGUAUUCAAUUCCGUUGGUGAUUAAUUUGACGGGGAGUAUUUGGUUCUUUUUGCUUGUUGGAAAGCAUGAACUCUCCCUCACUGUGCCGCUAGCCAACUCGAGUGCCUUUUUGUUCACGGUACUUGGAGAAUGGUAUGUCGAGCGCAAGGUCAUUGCCAAGGAGACUUGGCUGGGCUUGAUCCUUGUCCUUGGUGGAAUUGCAUUGUGUGUGCACUCGAAGAACCAGACGGUUUGA